GCGGGUGGAGGCCACGCUGAAGCCGGUGGGGCGGGAGCGCGGGGAAGCCAUCUCCGCGGCCCGCGCACUCCCCCGGGACUGGCACCUCGCUCCGUGGGUGGGGCACAGGGCCCUGCAGGCCGCUGUGGCACAGUCCUCAGCAGACAAGGAAAUGAGAAAAGUACCAAACAAUGGGAACCUGAGGGUGACGAAGGUGGCGUACCCGCUGGGGCUGUUCGUGUGCCUGUUCAUCUACGUCGCCUACAUCAAGUGGCACUGGGCCUCCGCCACCCAGGCCUUCCUCGGCAUCCCCGAGGUGGCCACGGGGGCCCGGAGAGGCCAGCAGUCCCGCGGUCCCCCGGGGACAGCUGCCCGCGGGCCUGAGGUCUUCUACGGCAUCAUGUUCGACGCGGGGAGCACUGGCACCCGAGUGCACGUCUUCCAGUUCAGCCGGCAGCCUGGAGAAACUCCCACCUUGACCCAUGAAACCUUCAAAGCACUGAAGCCAGGUCUUUCUGCUUAUGCUGAUGACGUUGAUAAGAGCACCCCGGGAAUUCAGGAGUUACUGGACAUUGCUAAACAGGACAUACCCUUUGAAUUCUGGAAGGCCACCCCCUUGGUCCUCAAGGCCACAGCUGGUUUGCGUCUGUUACCGGGAGAAAAGGCUCAGAAGUUACUGCAAAAGGUGAAAGAAGUGUUUGAGGCGUCGCCGUUCCUCGUAGGGGACGACUGUGUUUCCAUCAUGAACGGGACGGACGAAGGUGUUUCCGCGUGGAUCACCGUGAACUUCCUAACAGGCAGUCUGAAGACCCCCGGGAGGAGCAGCGUGGGCAUGCUGGACCUGGGCGGAGGGUCCACCCAGAUCACCUUCCUCCCGAGAUUCGAGGGCACCCUUCAGACCUCCCCGCCCGGCUUCCUCACGUCCCUCCAGAUGUUUAAUAGGACCUACAGGCUCUACUCCUACAGCUACCUGGGGCUCGGCUUGAUGUCGGCGCGGCUGGCGGUUCUAGGCGGCGAGGAGGGAAAGCCUGCUGAGGAUGGAGCAGAGUUGGUCAGCCCUUGUUUGUCUCCCGGUUUUCGAGGAGAGUGGGAGCACGCUGAAGUAACGUACAGGGUGUCAGGACAGGAGGCAGCGGGGAGCCUCUACCAGCUGUGCGCCCGCCGAGUGUCCGAGAUCCUCCGAAACAAAGUGCACAGGACGGAGGAAGUGAAGGACGUGGAUUUUUAUGCCUUUUCCUACUAUUAUGACCUUGCCGCAAAUGUGGGCCUCAUAGAUGCAGAGAAGGGAGGCAGCCUUGUGGUCGGAGACUUUGAGACUGCGGCCAAGUACGUGUGCCGGACGGCGGAGACCCAGCCGCCGCGCAGCCCCUUCCUGUGCCUGGAUCUCACCUACGUCAGCUCGCUGCUCCAUGGACUCGGCUUCCCAGGGGACAAAGUGCUGAAGGUGGGGACUCCCCCGGUGCCCCCAGCCCCCACCCGUCGCGAGCACAUGCCCGCCUUUCACACGCAUGUGCUCCCUUCCACCCCCCCGCCCCUUGUCUUUUCAAGUUGACCCGGAAGAUUGACAACGUGGAGACCAGCUGGGCUCUGGGGGCCACUUUUCAUUACAUCGACUCCCUGAGCCGACAGAAGAGCCCCACCUUGUAGCAGCCCAGCUGCCAGCCAUCCCCGUAGAAGUACUGUCUCUGCGAGAACAGGCCCCUUUGGGACCCCCAGUGUGCGGGGAGGGGGUCAUGGCACAGGCUGAGACCCUCCUCCCCGUGACCUCACAGACCGGCCCCUGGACGUGCUGGAACACGGCCCAGGACUUGUUUCCCGGUGGCCAGUGACCAGACAGCGUAAGGGGCACAGGCUGAGGCCAGGGUGGCACAGCCGCUGUCCCCACCGUCCCAUCUCAGGGCUGGGGCGGCUGUGACACACGUCUGGUGACGGGAGUCUUGUUUUGUCCCACUGCCCCCAGCGGGAGCCCCCUGGGCUGGUGGGCCAGGCGUCUCCUCCGUGGGUGUAGACUGUGACGUCAUCCAGAAGCUGCUUCCUUGGGUCCUCGGGUGGCUCAGGGUUAGCUGGCGGGUUGGCGCUGAGACUGGAAAGAGGGGCUGGAGGAAAUGCCUCUUUGUGGCCCGUGUGCCCUGGCUUCUCGAAGCGGUCUAAACGUGAGCGUGAGCUGCUGUGAGAUAUCUGUGUCUGUGAGUGAGUGAUGCCUGUGUGGUGCUGCGUGCUCGUGUAGCAGCUGUGUUCUGAGCCCAGUGGAUGUGUCGCUGCCCUGAGCCAUUUGCAGCCCAGCGGUGUCAGUCGGGCUGGAGCCCCAGAUGCGCCCUCUCACGGCCCGUCCCCGCAGGCUCGCAGGAUGCUGGCUGAGCUGUGCAACGGGAUGCUAUGUGUCCCAGGCCCGCAGCCGUUCCUGUGGCAUAUGCACUGUUCACGGAAUAAGCUGAACCUCAUGUGUUCCACUUGAAAUAAAGGGUUUUCCAGGGUUUCUGCUCCUCUGAUUCCUCUCGGUGAGUGCCAGCCGUGUCCCUCUACCCCGGGUGUCAGGCACCUGAGGUCCCUGUUCACCAGAGUUUAAACAAAAACCUGCCCAAGUGGGUGACAUGUGAUGGCAGGAUUAAAUCCUGUCGGUACAUCUUGGGGAGACAACAGCAGACGGACACACAGAAGCCCCCGUCGGGCCCUCCUGGCGUCCCCUGUCCGGGACUGGCCCUGUGGAGGCCCAGGCUGUUCUGGGGUCUGGCAGGGCAGAGCCCCCUCGACUGUGACUCGCGGCACUGCCAGGUGAGGAUCUGGGCUCAUCACCUCCAGCGGCCGUGGGGUCUUGAGCGAGCGCCGAGCUCCAGGUUGCAGUGUGUUCAGCAAGGAUCUGGCUUUAAUCCAGGACAGUCGGAAGGGGAUCACGGGCCGGACAAAGACUGGACAGACCCCUCCCAGGGCUGCAGCGGGUCCAGAGUGACAUGACUGCUGAAUAAGCCCACGUGUUAGGCCUGUGGACACGGAUCCCUGACCCUGGAGUGGGCAGGCCCAGGAGAGGGAUGCAAGUGUACAACCUGAGAAGCGCUAAGCCUGCAGGACAGCCACGUGGGGAGUCCCCACCCCCUCCUGCGUGUCCUGACCCAGUCUGGGUUGGGGCGUUGCCACAAUCACAACCCUCGAGGGCUGGAGGGAGGCCACCAGGAUGCAAACACUGGAAACUGGAGCCAGCUGUCCUCUGCCCGGUGGUUUGCCUGAAGUGUCAAUACUGGGGUAGGGGGCAGAGGUCUGCAUGCGACACAGCAGGAAAAGACAGAGCAGGAAGAUGCUUAGCCACGUCAGCACUAAAGCUCCAGGCUCUACUUGACAAGGACAUGAAAACCAGCUCCCCUCCACCCAGUACCCCCGCCUUGGUGGGCCUCCCAGCCCCUUCCUUCCAUGAUACCUUACAGUUUAGAUACUUAAUGG